AUGGCAGGACGACGGAGCUUCGGAAACCAUAGCCCCGAAAGUGUGACCACGUCGUCUAACAUGGGCGAGGAAGGCCAGUCCCAGGAGGACUCGGCCGAGCCUGUGGAGACAGGUGAUAUGGCGUCAGUUCCAACGAGCGACACGCUGGUGGGAGCCAGCGAAGAUGCUUGUCCACCUUGGUCUGGGAGGUACAAACAAGCUCCCGAUGCCUUUGCGAGUCUAGUGACAGAUGAGCCAAGUACCAAGCAGCUUGAGCCACGAGAGCCCAUACCCAAGCACAAGGUCAUUGUCUUGCCUCCUAGCCGCAGGGCUCCGCUGCGCAGUCCUUCUCCAGAGAACAACUCUCCUUUGGUGCGCCUUACCAAGUUGCGAUCACCGGAGAUCUCCCCACGUCUCCUGCGUCCAACGCCGCUGUUCGCGCAAACUGCGCCAGCCCGUCGAAGUUUAGGUGGCAGAAAUCAAGGCUGCCUGACAGAGCUGGGUAUCCUACACCCACGCACGGGCAGCCCUGUGCGUUAUGAAGCCCCAGGUGUGGCUUAUCCAAGGACAAGCUCGCGCCUGGGAAGCGACAUAAGAAACGAUAGGUUCGGAGGUCGCACCCCUGUGACUCCCACCGUGCCUAGCUGUCCCAACCGAAUCCCAAGCUCAUGGGUCAGCAAGACCUCGAUGCCAGUGGCACCAAUCACUGGGCAAGGCAGAGCAUCACGGCACAGCGUGGGCUCCUGUACAGUCGGGUCACGACCUCGCUCAGCCACACCUCCCUUCGGCCGCUCUGCCAGCCAGGGCCGGCGAGGCGCCGAGAAUCGGCAACCUUUGAACAGAUGUCCCUCCAAGACAGGGGCGAAGAAGGUGCGAGGCCGAGGGCAUUCCCCAGAGCCCGCAGAACCUACAGAGCUCCUGGAACCUUUGGGCGACCCGCCGAAGGAGUUUGCCACUGAUGAGGCCGGGCGAACCGAGCUGAUGCAUGCAGCCCGCGAUGGUGACCUGGCACGUGCAGUUGCAUUGCUCCACUUUGGCAUGCCUGUGGAUGCCGCAGACUCCUGCAAAUGUACAGCCCUCAUGUAUGCCGCUACAUAUGGCCAUGUGGCAAUGACGAGAUGCCUCGUUGAGCAUGCCGCCAAUGUCAACGCGCUCAGCCAUGACAGGUGGACGCCGCUGAUCGCUGCCGUGUACAAUGGCCACUUCUCAGUUGCAAAAUACUUGCUCUCAAAAGCAGCAAUUGUGGAAUGCGCAGAUGAUCGGGGUUGGACUGCGUUAAUGCAUGUGGCCUUCAACGGCAAGGUGGACAUUCUGCAGUGCCUCCUCGAGCACCGAGCAGACAUCACGCGAAAGGACAAAGAAGGAAGGACAGCACUAGUCUAUGCAGCUUUCAGCGGCCAUCUUGAGAGUGUGAAGCUCUUACUGGCAGCCUCCAAUCAAGGAAACAAGUGCCUGGAUGAUGGCCCAUACUCCAUGGCGCUGCUGUUCGCCGCCGACAAGGGACACAUGGAAGUUGUUCGGACCCUCCUGGAUGCCACAUUCAUCUCCGUGCGAGCGAGGGCAUCUGCACUGGAACUUGCCAACUUCCAUGGCCAUCACGAGGUGGCCAAGCUCCUUUUGCAGAGCGCGCAUGCCUUCGGAGCAAUUCCGGGA